AUGAGCGAAGAACGGUUUCCCCAAGAACUGCAGCUGCAAGGACAGCAGAUCGAGUCUAUCGAGGACGCUCUCGAGAUCCUACGCGGCUGUGACAAACCUGCAGCCUACCAGCUUGCUAGCCAGCUACUCGAGAAGCUAGAGAACUACCACGAACGCGUCGAGGACGCGAUUAGCCGCCUUUACGGAUAUGUUGACGAGCAAGAGCUAUGGAAAGGACAAGAGGACCACGCAGAGUUCAGGCGCAGAUGGAAAGAAGCAAAGAGGGUCCAGGAACGACAGGCAUCCACAGAGUCCUACACUGCAAGCAUCAAGAUGAAGGCCAUCACUGCAUGGGGAGAACAGAACGCGAAUGCCUUCUUCGAACACCUUGGGUCCAGAACCAUGGUCGAACUUGCCAGCAAGUUCGUGCGAUCCUCUCUCAGCUACGAAGACCUCAGAUUGUCUGUCAAUAACGAGGUCGUGCUACGUCUGUCAUCUUCAGGACGUGGCAUUCGCACCACCAAAGAAGUGAUCCAAGGAGACUUAUCAAAGGCACUUACCCGCAAGAACACCCGGCCACUGAUCAUCGAGGAUUUAAGAAGACUGGGACUGCAGCUUGACCAAGAUGGAUACUGCUGUGCCCAUGGCAUGGGAAACCCGUUGCCAGUUACAGACACGGGGGCAGCCGUACUACAAGAAGUCAGUGAGGAGAUGGACAUGGACGAAGAAUCCGACUACCCUCAGGAAGAUGUUGAGAUAGAGCAUGGGAGUGACGUCUCUUCAGCGCUCUCAGACGCACCCUCUUAUCUUGAAGAUCCCGAUUUUGACGCCGACGCUGACACUGGUGAUAAUGAUUCGCUGGCUACACGCCGUACCCGCGUUGUGGACUGCGGCUGCGCUAUUGAGAGAGCUGCUAUGAACAGAAUACUAGCGCUGCCUAAGGACGCUACUGAGCGGCAAAAGCUGAUAGCGCUAAGGAAGCUAGGCCGAGGCAUCUUGUCCGAAACUGUCACUAUUGUCACGGAGAUUGAGAUAUGUGAGGACCAUGCAAAGAGAGUGUUUGACCUCUUUGGAAUGAGAAGCGCUAGCAAGAAUCAUGCGGCAUUAGCAUGGCGUGUUGACUUCAUGAUCAAGAACCUUAACGACUGGGAUACUGUGAUAGCAGAACACGGCGCCUGGUUUAUUCAGCCGAAAAACCAGGUCCCUAGCACUGACACUUUGAGCUUUUACCGCUUUCAUCAUAAGACUAGACAGCCACUGAUCGCGAACUUUGAUAAGGAUGUUCCUUGGCUAUCAUUUGAGAGUCUUUACCGACGUAUGCAGCCGUCCCUUACCGACAAUGGACAACUCCCUACCGACUUGUUUGACCGCAUGAACCAACAAGGCACCGUCGUUAUCCCGCAGCUCUUCGGAUGGCUCAAAGAGGACUUCGACGGCCAGCACCCAGGUGGCAUUCUUGCUAUGGCAAAUGAGGAGAUAGACAUGUAUGACUACCACUAUCAGCCACGCCCUCACCGACCACGCCUGGGGUGGUUACGCGAUAUGUGGUACAGUAUCAUUCAACAGGUCGUGAGACAAGACCCUGCCUACUACGCAUGCUACGUUUUCCUACGACCUGAUCACGCAUGGCGUCUGAUUUCUUACCCUUACUACGCCAAAAGCACUCUGCCAGGAGAACAGACCUUCUUUCGGCACAUCGAUGUGAACCUGAAUGACUUGUCUCACUCUGGACGUGGGCGCGCCAUUUUGCAAGGCAGCCUUUCGCUUACCGAUGAAGAUGAGAAUAACUGCACCGAGUUACUCUGCGGCAUGCACCCUCACGUACAAGAAUGGUGGUCUGAUGUUAGGCAGAGGCAGCAAACUGCUGAUGGUCCUGUCAGCCGUAUCGAACCAUGGAUGUGGACGCGUGACGAUGUUGCCAAGUACCAUACGGAUUGGACGAAAGAGAUCUGUCGCGCCGGAGAUGUUAGGGUCAGCCUGCCUACGUUACCCCACGGUUCUACAGGACCUGCCACUAAGAUACGCCGCACGAUACUGCCAUGGUUUGUCCGCAUCAGAGAGGAUCACUCAACUCUCGACGUUCCUGAGUCAAACACAUGGGAAGAGCUUGCCGCCGCCCAUAGAGACCUCAUUCCUGCAUCAAGAACUCCCUCGGGGUUUACUAGUCAGAAGUAUGGGCGUAUCCCGUACCCAUUCCCUGCUGCAGUACGUUUCUGCCCAGGCAACCUGAUCUCUCGCUGCUUGGUAGGAGGUUCUCGCUGGACCGAAGCUGGUGUUGCCGACGAGCUCGAUACCUUGUUCGGAGAGAAUGAGGAUGCUGCCAUUGAAUACGUAAAGUCAUGGAGAUCCAAGGCACAGCACGAGUAUGUCCGUCUAUACCAGACAAUGGUAGACAGUGAGAAACGCGCCUUCGGCAAAGACUCCUUCUUCAGGAGAAAAGAACUGGGUCUGUCAGUUGAUCCUCCCCUACCGCUUGACCGCGAGGACAUUGCUUGA